AAAGAAAGGUUGAAAUGGGUCCAAUCUAGACAAUGAAAAUUGGGUCAGAAAUGGAAAAAUUUUGGGCCGAGGAGGAAAGAUCCAAUUACCCGAGAACCAGACUCUUAACAUCGCAAGAAGAAGACCGCCGCGUAUAAGCUCAAAACCCUAACAAACCAGACCAGGAAGAGAAACAUAGGUUUUACAAGUUGCAGAAAGCAGAACAAAGCAUACUGCUUUACUUUUCCGACAUUACUUGUCGAAGAUGCCAAAGUCCAAGCGUAACAAAAUAGUUUCAUUAUCAAAGACAAAGAAGAAGGGAAGGGAACAUAAGGAAUCAAUAGUGAAUGCUAUAAGGGAAGCUGCUGAAACUUACAAUUCUAUCUAUGUUUUCUCUUUUGAAAACAUGAGAAAUCUUAAAUUCAAGGAGUUUAGAGAGCAGCUCAAACCCACCAGCAGAUUUUUCCUUGGUUCAAAUAAAGUAAUGCAAGUUGCUGUAGGUCGUUCUGCUUCUGAUGAUAUUAGACCAGGUCUUUACAAAGUUUCUAAGCUUCUGCGCGGGGAUACUGGACUGUUUCUUACCAACUUGCCAAGAGAAGAAGUGGAGAGCUUGUUUAAUAAAUUUGAAGAAACCGACUUUGCAAGGACAGGAAGCGUUGCAACUGAGAAGGUGGAACUUUUAGAAGGUCCUUUGGAUCAGUUCACGCAUGAGAUGGAGCCAUUUUUGCGCAAGCAAGGAAUGCCUGUUCGGUUGAACAAAGGUGUUGUAGAACUUGUUUCAGACUUUGUUGUCUGCGAGGAGGGAAAGCCUUUGUCACCUGAGUCAGCUCGGAUACUGCGCUUGUUGGGGAUCAAAAUGGCUACUUUCCGACUACACUUGAUCUGCAGAUGGAGUCCUGAGGACUUCGAACUUUAUAAAGAAGCACUAGAGGAAUCAGAUGUUGAAUCUGCAUAGAAACAAUGAUUUCAGGUUGAAUGCAAUCACAUUCAGGGGUUUGAUCUUUGAAAUUACAGGUCUUGGAUAUCCAUCUCGGUUAUCGUGGAGGACAAUAUGUGCUAUUACAAAGUAAUGCAGCAGCAGUGGUGUUGGUGGUGAAGUCGGACUGUUUCAAUGACUGGUUUUAUUCUGCAAGCUGUUGUGCAAAAUUUUGAUCUUUCUUCAUAUACUUGUCUCUAGUGCUUUUCUCUGUAAAAUCUUCUGUUUGUACUAUUAAAUCUACAUUUGAGUUGCCGGAUAUUUGAAAUUUCAUGCAAUUUGUCAUCCUCUCAA